AAAAAAAAAAAAAAAAAAANAAAAAAAAAAAAAAAAAAAGGAAAAAAAAGAAUGGGACAAUUAUUUUCAUGUCCUUUGGGGGAUUUAGAAGAUUUGGAUUUCGAUGCUGUUCUUGUUAGAUCUAUUAGUUUUCAAGAUGGAGAGAUAAGGAAUCCAUUGCGGUCUGUUAGUUUCAAUGGAAGAGAUUCAGAGCCAGCGGCAGGCAAAUCCUACAAUUCUCACCGCAUGAGAUUUGAACGACCAAUUGCCACUAGAACAAGGGAAUUGGAGACUGUUUUCUCAUUCAAAACUCCAUCUGCAGAGAUGGAAAACAGUGAGUUUGGGAGAUCAACAGUUGGGCCUAAGAAUUAUGAUCAGUUUAUGACGCCUCGGAAUUCAGGUCAAAGUUACUCGACACCGAGAUAUUCCGAAGCGCCCAAGCAUGAACACUAUAGUGCUGCAGUGAAGCUACAGAAAGUGUACAAGAGCUUUAGGACAAGGAGACAGUUAGCAGAUUGUGCUGUGCUUGUGGAGCAGAGAUGGUGGAAGCUGUUGGAUUUUGCUGAACUCAAGAGAAGUUCAAUAUCAUUUUUUGAUAUUGAAAAACCAGAGACAGCGAUUUCACGGUGGUCGAGGGCCAGAACCAGGGCAGCCAAGGUAGGAAAAGGUUUGUCAAAGGAUGAAAAAGCCAGAAAACUUGCUUUGCAGCACUGGCUCGAGGCAGUAAGUCCACUCUCGACAUUGUUUAAGUCAGACUUCACGGUUUUCUUUUUCGUGACAGUGUUUCUUUCUCAUAAUCAGAUCGAUCCUAGGCAUCGGUAUGGUCAUAAUCUUCAGUUUUACUACGUCAAAUGGCUUCAUUGUGAUAGCAAACAGCCCUUCUUCUAUUGGCUUGAUAUAGGAGAAGGGAAAGAGGUGAACCUUGAGAGAUGUCCCAGACAUAGGCUUCAUCAACAAUGCAUCAAAUACCUUGGUCCGAUAGAAAGGAAGGCCUACGAGGUUGUGGUGGAAAAUGGGAAGUUUAUGUACAGGUAUAGUGGGAAACUUCUUCACACAACUGGAGGGCCACGUGAUGCCAAAUGGAUCUUUGUUUUGAGCACAUCAAAAACUUUGUAUGUCGGGCUCAAGAAAAAGGGUACAUUUCAACAUUCAAGUUUCUUGGCUGGUGGAGCCACAUUGGCUGCUGGUAGACUAGUGGUUGAAGAUGGUGUUCUAAAGGCAGUUUGGCCUCAUAGUGGACAUUACCUUCCUACAGAGGAAAAUUUUCUGGAAUUCAUGUCCUUCCUUAUGGAAAACGAUGUGGAUCUAACCGAUGUUGAGAAAAGCCCAUAUGAGGAAGAAGAACUUCUCACCAAAGACAAAUUCACCUAUCUUCAAGAAGAUUCUAAAGACGUUGCUGGUGGAAUAAAUAUUAGAGACACAAUCGACAAGAAUAAUCCAUCUAGACCUCUUGUCUCUAAUCCUGCAGAGACUCAAAAACCACGAAUAUCAAGAUUAUCAAGAGGAUUACGAUCAAAGCUUACUAACCUUCAAAUACCAGAAAGAAGCAAUGUGUUUGACAUAUUCAAGAAGGAAACACUUCCAGCUAGUUGUAGAGCUCUCAUUCCAGAUUCUCCCUCGGACGACGGCUACGAAACAGCUGAAGAAUCGUUCUUAUCAGAAGAAGAAUUCAUGGUUCCAAAAUCUAACCUCUUUGGCGAAGAUGAAGAAGACAAUGAUGAUCAACCAAUCCAGAAAGAGAAAAUCUUAAGGCGAAUUGUUUCACAUAAGGAAAUGAAAUCAUAUCAGUUGGCAAAACAAUUAUCAAGCAGAUGGACAACUGGAGCUGGACCUCGCAUUGGUUGCAUGAGAGAUUACCCACAAGAGCUUCAGAACAAGGUAUUAGAGCAAGCUAACUUGUCUCCCAGAGAUAGAGUUGUUCAUCCUUGUCAUUCCCGGACUCAAUCUCGAAUUGGCUCCAUGGCUUCAACUCCAAUUUCAUGUAAAGACACGAGCACAACCAGAAGUCCGCUUGCUUCAAAUUGCCUGAUAUUGUCUCAAACUGCAACACCUUCAGCUGAAUGUAAUUAGAAUAUAAAUAACGAACGUGUGUAACACACGUAUUACUCUGCAAUUACUGGAUAGAAAAGAUGAUAUAUAUACAUAGUUAAUGUGCUU